AUGGCAACCCUAUCGCCUGCAACACCUAGAAAUGUUCACGACCAGUCUUCGACCGCGCCGAUCGAGGUCAAUAACCCAGAAGACGCGUUUCGCGAACUCUGGUCGCAAGCUCUACAAAAGUUUGAGAAAAGCGUUGCAUGGAAUCCGUCUCAGUGGCAGUCUAUGGUCCGGCGUAUGGGCCAGUGCCGCGAAGCCGAGGACGUUUGCCGAAUUCUGGAUGGGACAAUGCGGUCGUUCGAGAGUUUCCGCGGGUCUGAAACUACUUGGGGGAAACUGCGGAACAAAUAUCUCAAGCCAGCCAUCGAGGUUUUGCUUCUUUUCAACGAUGCAAUCGCUGAGACUGCUGCUUUCUUUCCGGAGGUGCCCGGAGGAAAGGCAAUCUUUGCCGCAUUCGGCGUCGUCCUCCAGACAACCAAAGGCGUCAGCGCAUACUGUGACGCGCUCGUUGUCCUCUUCGAGGAGCUGAACCUAUUCUUGGAGGCUCUUCGUCCUCGGCUGCUCGCGCCGUCAAGUCUGGGGCCGGCCUCGAAAACGAUAGCCAUUGCGAUACUGAGCCAUUUGCUCGAUGUUGUCGUUCACGUAGCGAAGAUCCUUUCCAAGGGUUCCUGGCUUGGUCGCCUGUCACUGUAUGGAAGAGUGCUCGUGAAGGAUACGACUGUGCAAGAUGCUUUACGGCGCAUUCGUGCGCUGACGGACCUCGAAGUGCGGGCCAUCGUCAGCGAGAUACGUGUGGAUACGUCAGACAUCAGGACUGCCGCUUCGGAUAUGCGCGAUAUCACCAGACAAACGCAAAAGGACGUAGCCCAUAUGCAAUCUACCGGCAUACAGACCAAGGAGAUCACGACCCGGCUGUUGUCCGAGUUCCGUGCGCUGCAGCAAGACCAGGUCAAAGCCCGUGGAAUCAUUGGACGUGGGAUGGACAGACUCAUUCGUGGCCAGAAGGAACUAAUUGCAUUAUUAAGGGCUGAGCGUGAACAACGCAACAAGGUCGAUGCUUCUAGAGUCUUUGAGAAGCUCGCACGGGUUGAACGCGCCGACAUUGACGCCCAAAAUCCUGAGGGCUGCAUGAAAGAUACACGCGUCAAGAUUCUGAAGGAUCUUCGCGCCUGGAGCCAGGAUAAUAACGCGCCGCGACUUUACUGGUUGAAUGGCAUGGCUGGUACGGGGAAGUCUGCCAUCGCUCGCUCGUUUUGCCAUCAAUUGCGUCGUGAUAGACUCCUGGGCGGCAGCUUCUUCUGCUCACGUGGGGGUUCCGUUGAAGAGGGAGACGUCCAGCAUAUCAUCCCCACGCUCGCUGCUUCUCUAGCAACGCACAGUUUAUCAUUUAAUGAGAACCUACUCGCUGGGCUAACGGAAGAGCCGUUCUCCGUUCACUGGAACCUCGCACUUCAAAUCGAGCGCUUAUUGCAAACACCAAUGUCUUCUUAUGAUGGCGAAGCCGAUAUGCUUGUUCUUGUGAUCGACGCCCUCGACGAAUGUUCGGAUGAUGAAUCGACGCGCCAUUUGCUGUCCAGGCUAGUCCGGGUAUCCAGUGUCCUGCCGGUGAAGUUCUUCAUCACCUCGCGCCCGGAACCACAUAUACGUUCGGAACUUGAGAGCCUGGAUCCAUCUCUGGGGCAUGUUUUGCGACUCCAUGAUAUUGAACAGGACAUUGUCAGAGCAGAUAUCUCGCUCUAUCUGGUUCAUGGUCUUCGAGCUAUGCGCGGACCAACGUUCCCGCCCAAAUGGCCCAACAAAUCAGAUGUGACCACUCUCGUACGACUCUCCGGAAAGCUCUUCAUCUACGCCUUCACUGCCUUGCAAUAUGUGCGAAAGGAUCCCUUGGGACGACUACCUAAACUCACGGGUACCAAAGUGACCGCCGGUCGUCCCCUCACCCAGCCUUUGGAUGACAUCUAUUCGUUGAUCUUAUCCGAAGCUAUGAAUCCUAAUGAGUUUGAAGCGGAGGAGAUCGACUUAACCCGUCGUAUCAUGGCAAUGAUCGUGGCAUGA